AGUCCACACCUGCUCGCAACAAUUAGUGAUAUACCAGUAUUUGCACAAUGUACUUGUGAAACAAUUAGAAAUUGAGCGUUCCGUUUGUUUCAAGAUAAUGUUUAUAAAAUUUAUUCGCUACAUGCAAAUAAUUUCCUUAUUCCCGAAAAUAUCAAUAUCUCAAUACAGAUUUCCUUUUACAAAUCCUUCUGUGGGUGUCAUACCUAAUUAUUAUAGCACGCAAAUGUAUGAUACCGGCUUUAAUUAUGAAAAUCUUGUACGUAAUUCGCAAAACAGUGAUUAUAAGCAAGAAACUAGAGUACAAGAUUAUAAUGAUUAUAAUGAUGGAAAUGAAUGUUCUUGCUCUUGCCGGAACUGCGAAGACCCAGAAAAAUGCUGUGAGCCAUUUUGUUCGAAUUGCAACACUCAAGGGAUGGCCAACAUCGUCUUAAUACCAUAUCCGUACCCUUUAAUAUUAUCUUUGAAUUCACAAUGGAAUUCUACAAUGAAAUAUGUUAAGACGAAUGAAACAAAUCCUACUUCUGAGACAACAGAAAACACUUUUGCAACUCCAAGCCAUGAAAUUAAUAAUACAAUACCACCAAUAAGUUCAAUAACUGUACCAACUUUUACUACAAUGAGUACCGUUCAAACAACAAAAACAAAUCCGACGAUUUCAGCCAAUCCGGUAACACAAACACCAUCUGAACCUUCCUUACGCGCAAUAAAUAGAUCUAACAAAUCUAAGUAUUUAUUGACAACGGCAAGACGGACCAUGCCUGUUUGGGUGCCUAAGUAUGGGAUCGUUCCAAUACCGGACAAUUUGGCUAAGAAAUUAAUGGUUAAGUUACGACAAAUGAAGGAGCUACAGAAUUUCUAAAUGAAUAGGUAAACUUUCAGUUUAGUGUUCCUAUACUUAGCGUUUUGGGUUUAUUAGUCAACCGUCAACAUCAUCAAAAUAGUUUGACUGAUUGAUGCUCAAAAUGAUCCUACCAUAUCAUUCCCCAAUAUGAUGGAAGCACCCGGUUUUAAGCGACUCUGCGAACUUUACAAUAUAAACGAAUAAUAAAAUGGAAGGUUAAGCAAAUGGUAAUUGCUAUGAGAAAAACGUAUCAUGAAAUAGAAUGGACAUCUUUUUAGCACUGUAAAACAUACUUACAACAACAGAAGGGAUCUCAAUGAGAGUCCCACGUCCAUAUCUCCUCAGCAUAGAAUGACUGAUGCAACGAAGAGUGUCAAAUUAAAUUAACAACAAUUUUACUCAAUGUUUACUAUAAUAUAUAUUUUUGGUAUACCUUAAUGUAGUAUAUUUAUUGUAUUUUCAUUCUUCUAUAUUUUAGUAAAAUAAAAAUUGUUAAAAAUU